AGCCAAGCAAUGACGGGAAAAGCCACCUCUGAGGCCCCUGACUAUGGUCCAGAGGAGACUGCAUCUAAGACCACCGAGGUGCCCACCACCGAGCCUUCAGGAGAAGUGGCAGCACCAGAGCCCGCUGACAAAGAGCAGGCUCCCGAGCCACAGGACCCUGCCUCUCAGGCCCCCGCCCCUGCAGCCCCCGCAGCCACUAAACCUGCACCCCCAAGUGAAGAUGUCCCCAGUGCACCACUGCUGCUGACCCUGGAGGAUGUGAGCAAUAGCUCUGUGACCGUGAGCUGGGAGCCCCCGGAGGAGCUGGGGAGGCUGGGACUCCAGGGCUACGUGUUGGAGCUCUGCAGAGAGGGAGCCUCGGAGUGGGUGCCUGUGAAUGACCGGCCCAUGAUGGUGACCCAGCAGACCAUGCGGAACCUGGCUCUGGGAGACAAGUUCUUCCUGCGCGUGGCUGCAGUGAGCUCUGCAGGGGCCGGCCCGCCGGCCGUGCUGGACCAGCUCGUCCACAUCCGAGAGAUCAUCGAGGCCCCCAAGAUCCGCGUCCCACGCCACCUUCGUCAGACCUACAUCCGUCAGGUGGGAGAGACUAUCAACCUGCAAAUCCCCUUCCAGGGGAAGCCGAAGCCUCAGGCCUCAUGGACCCAUGACAGCCACACCCUGGACAGCCAGCGGGUGAGCGUGCGCACCGGGGACCGGGACUCCAUCCUGUUCAUCCGCUCGGCCCAGCGCUCUGACUCGGGCCGCUAUGAGCUCACCGUGCAGCUGGAAGGCCUGGAGGCCAAGGCAGCCAUCGACAUCCUGGUGAUUGAGAAACCUGGACCCCCCGGCAGAAUCAAGCUGCUGGAUGUCUGGGGCUGCAAUGCUGCCCUGGAGUGGACACCACCGCAGGACACGGGCAACACAGAGCUGCUGGGCUACACGGUGCAGAAGGCGGACAAAAAGACAGGGCAAUGGUUCACAGUACUGGAGCGCUACCACCCGACCACCUGCACCAUCUCCGACCUCAUCGUCGGCAACUCGUACUCCUUCCGAGUCUUCUCUGAAAACCUGUGUGGACUCAGUGCCUCGGCCGCCGUCACCAAGGAGCUCGCCCACAUCCAGAAGGCAGAUAUGGCUGCCAAACCUAAAGGGUUUAUUGAGCGAGACUUUUCAGAAGCCCCCUCAUUCACCCAGCCCCUGGCUAACCACACUUCUACUCCUGGCUACAGCACUCAGCUGUUCUGCAGUGUCCGAGCAUCACCCAAGCCCAAGAUCAUCUGGAUGAAAAACAAGAUGAACAUCCAGGGAGAUCCCAAAUACCGCGCCCUCUCUGAGCAAGGGGUCUGCUCCCUGGAGAUUCGAAAACCCAGCCCCUUUGAUUCUGGGGUCUACACCUGCAAGGCCAUCAAUGUGCUGGGGGAGGCAUCCGUGGACUGCCGGCUGGAGGUCAAAGCCUCAGCCACACACUGAAGAGCAACGGGAGGAGGCUGUGAUGAGGAGACAGGUGCUGCUGGUCUGAGGGGUCAGGUCCCCCAGGUCGAGAAUCAGACUCCACAGAUACCCAAGACCCCCAUCUCCAUAGCGAUGGCUGGUGGAACUUCCCCUGGUACCUACUGGCCUCUCUCCCUAGAGACUGAAGUCCAGAGCUCAGGAGAGGGCCUGGCAGGCCCUGGGCCAGGCUUCCUGGGCACAGGGGCCCGAGAGUUGUAGAGACUGCCAUGACCUGCAGAGUUGUGCCCUGGGAGACAAGCACUCAAAUAAAGGUGUGUGGU